AUGCUUGCCUCCUUCCUCAACUUUUCCUGUUCCUCUCCUCUGGCGCAGAUGGUGAAUCUCCGCACCCUCAGCAUAACCACAGAGAGAAGAGUGGAAGACGUGUCCUCCUUUCUCGACAGCGUCAGCGGGGGGAUCAAGCUUUGUGAAAAGAAGGACACAGAUCUUUAUAGCCGCCCUCUUUCGGGAUACGACCCCAACAUACAUUACGUCUUUGACCUCCUGCCGUACGACCCCCCCCAACCUCUGGCCACAAUCAGUGAUGAAGCACGCCAGGACCAGCUCCGUUCCCUUAAGUCGCGUAUUUCGAUGGCAUCCAGUCGGCUGAAGACGCUGGAGGCUCGGAUGGCCUCCUUUCCCGUUUCCAAGGCGGGACUGUGCAACCCCAACGAGAAGGCAGCAGCACUGCGGCAUCGCACGUAUUGCGACUCGUAUGUACUUUUUGCAGUCAACUGUGACUCUGAAGCAGAGGCCUUCCUUCUCCUUCAAGAAGACAUUAUCCGGGUUGAAAACGCUGUCACUGACUUGGAGAUCCGAGUUCAAGAGCUGGUUUCGACGAGGGCUUGGAAGGAAAGGGUUGGCUACGUGGACAUACAUCUGAAGUAG